UCCGGACCAUGAUAUGCUCUAUCAGCCAUACUUCACCUCAACUCUGCGACCGGAUGGCAUAGCGGCCACACGCAGGCCAUCAUGGAUCCUUUACACCUCACCGAAUUCGCUUCAGAGCGAUAUUUCGAGAAAUUAAGGCGGCUGAACGAUAGCAAUGAGAUUGCCAACUCCCCUUCUUCAGGUCCUGCAGCAGCAGCAGCAGCAGCAGCAGCAGCAGCAGCAGCAGCAACAGCAACAACAACAACGGCCGCAGCCCCUGCGGAACCGCCAUUAUUAGAAGGACGUACAUUGACGCUGCCAUUAAGACGCCAACGGUCACACGAUAGUGAUAAUGCGCCUCUCACUCUGAGGCCCAGCGACCAGAAGAAACGUUCACUGGGCCACGACCUCACAGCACUACGAACUCAACGACGUCCCACCUUCAGUGGAUCUUUUGGGAGUUUGCGCUCUAAAGUUACAGUCAUUCACAAGGCGCCAGCAGUUGUUCAGGAAGAUGUUCUGGCCGAAGAUCCCACAACGCCUCACAUCUUUGCUUUGCAGAAUCUUUUACUUGCAUUGCCUAAUGAACUUCAAGCACAAGUCAUUGCACCCCUUCCGAUUCAUACUAUACUCACUCUUCGACUGGUUUCAAAAUCAUUCCACACAUUAAUAACUCUCAAUGAGGCUUCGAUUGCGCGAUACCAUGCUACUAAUAGUCUUCCCGCAUACGCAUUGCGAUUAUACCCACUACCGGAUCCUACCGCGAUCAAUCUCCAUUACCUGUGUAGUAUAUGGCAUCGACUACAUGUUGCAACAAAAUUAUCCAUCAUGAUUUCAGCUCAAGCUACGAAGGAGAUUUUUCUCCGGACCACCGACGCUCAGCGGCUGGAGUUCGAACCACAACACCGACGCAUGCGGCAGCGGCUUGUCCCGCUCAUAUUUGCACUCUUCCACUUUUUCGAAACAUAUCGAGACCUUCAUGUUCGGCAUCUUGCCACCGGAGGCACUCCAAUCCAUCUUCAACCAUUUACUUUGAAUCCUAUUGAAUGCCAGGUCAUGGCGAUGUACGACGAUCGGACACUUCUCAAAGUUCACCAGGUAUUUCCAUUGGUGAUGUCUUCUUUUUCUCGACGGUUGCGGCCACCGUCUUAUGCCGGUCGUGUUGAGCGUUCCUUCAAGGGUUAUCUCAAAGACCGGCCCGCGGAUGAGGUCUAUGCCACCAUUAUAUCCGUCGGAGGGUUGCGCCAGGCACAGCGAUUUUGGGAAACAAAGGGAUACAAUUCGCGGCGUGCUGCAGUCGACACCUGGUAUGGUUUCGUCACACGAAGCCCUGUCGAGUCCCCCCCAAAAUCAAAGAUGUCGAUAAUAACUCAUCUCGGACGGAAGAAGCCCAACGCUGCGGUCGAUGCAACCACUUCAGAAACAACAGCAGGUCACAAUUCAACCAGCUGCAAUGAAUGGUUUUGCGUCAAGCCAGCCUGUAAGAAUGGUCGGCGGCGGCACUCCACUGAUAACCUCGUCUUUCAUAGCAGUCUCUCCGCAGGACCCCCUAUGAGCCCCCUUCCACGUGAUCAACUUCGCCUCAUCCUGCCGGAUCAGCAGCAUCUAUCGAAUAUCUGGUGUCACUCUGCCGAAGCAUUGAUCUUAGAGCGGAAAAUAGUGGAGCGGGCGCAGGAUAUCAAGCGGACGCAUCAAGUGCUUUUAGAAUUGAUCCGUGACGAUGGAACGGAUGGCCUGGAUGACUGGAGCGCUGGAAAUACAGCAGAUCCUGGUCAAACUGUGAAUACCGAGGGGCAAGAGGGCAUGGAUGCGCCCGGAGGCGUAUCAGACUAGUCAGGCAGCAUUUACAGGGCGUUUUUGAGCGGACUUUAUAUUAUUGUAUUGGAAACCAUGAAACGCGGAGUUUGGGAAUAAGGGGCAUUUUGGGUAUAGAUAUCAUACACCGACAUGUAUGUCACGCACGAUCUGGAUGCAGAAGAUAUACCAAAUACAAAUCAAAACAUAACUUUGGCAAGCCAUCAUCGUUCAAUUCCCUCCCACGACUAUGC